AAUGGUACGGAGUACAAUAAUCCGCAGACAAACUUCUCGGCGAAACAGGCAUUAUAUAGAGGGCAUUGGGGUCGUCUGACAUUUUUUUUUUCCACCCUGACCACACAUAAUCCUUUCAUCAUCUUGAUUCGACAGACUCGAAAUGAGCGAUAACUAUGAGGAAAAGCCUGAUGCCAUUGGCAAAGAGUUCAGCGAUGAACUCACGCCCGAGGAGCGUGAGCACGAGAUCGAAGCACGCAAUCUGCAAAGCAAUCAGUAUCUCGACAACGAAACACUGUAUGACCGGAUAGCGUUCGCGCAGAUACCAGUGCACAUGAAGAGCCCUCGCAUGCUAGUUAUCACACUGGGCGUGUUCGCAGCGUUCAGCGGCAUGCUGAGUGGGUUAGACCAGUCGGUGAUCUCGGGCGCGCUGCCUGGUAUCCGCAAGCAUUUCAUCGCGUCAGGCGAGUGGGCGAGCAUGGACGACCCGAAACUGGCGACCGACAUUUCACUGAUUUCUUCACUGAUGCCGCUGGGCGCAAUGGCCGGCGCGCUCAUCAUGACGCCGCUGAACUUCUACUUUGGACGCCGCAACUCGAUUAUCAUCUCGUGUUUGUGGUACACACUGGGCAGUGGACUGUGUGCAGGCUCCCGUAGUGUGGGGAUGCUGUUUGCGGGCCGAUUCAUUCUGGGCAUCGGUAUCGGAAUCGAAGGCGGCUGUGUUGGUAUCUACAUCUCCGAGUGUGUGCCGCCAGAGGUGCGUGGCAACCUGGUGUCGGUAUAUCAGCUGAUGAUCGCAUUCGGAGAGAUCAUCGGAUACGCCGCCGGCGGCGUUUUCUUUGACAUCCCGUCAGGCAGCUGGCGCUGGAUGCUGGGCUCGUCUCUCUUGUUUUCGACGAUCCUCCUGGUUGGGAUGGCCUUCCUGCCAGAAUCACCGCGCUGGCUGGCAUCCAAGGGCAAGUACGGGCGCGCGUGGCGGGUGUGGAAGUCGCUGCGCGACAUGGCCGACCCAAAAAGCCUGGACGAGUACCUUGCGAUGGAACUUACAGUCAAACAUGAGGUCGACCAGUCCUCGAACGAGAAAUGGCAUCAGAGGUAUCUGGAGGUGUGCAGGACGCCGCGCAACCGACGAGCGCUUGUAUAUGCCACGGCUAUGAUAUUUUUCGGGCAGAUGACGGGCAUCAAUGCGGUGAUGUAUAAUAUGUCAAACUUGAUGGCCAAGAUGAACUUUGAUGACCGCGAGUCAGUGCUGAUGUCGAUGGUGGGCGGUGGCGCGUUGUUCCUGGGAACAAUUCCUGCUGUGUUCACGAUGGACAAGUUUGGGCGCCGGGUGUGGGCGCAAAACAUCCUGAUGUUCAUCGUGGGUCUGGCGCUGGUGGGCGUCGGCUACCUAUACACGAACAAUGGUGUUGAUUAUUUCAAUGAGCAUAAGGCAACGGCCUUGGGGUUGUUUUUCUCCGGUCUGGUGCUGUACAUGGCGUUCUUCGGGGCAUAUUCGUGCCUGACCUGGGUAGUGCCAGCAGAGAGCUUUGGUUUUAGCACCCGCAGCCAGGGCAUGGCGAUCUGCUCUGUAUUCCUUUAUCUGUGGUCAUUCAUUGUGACAUACAACUUCGAAGGGAUGCAGAAAGCGAUGACCUACACCGGCCUGACAAUCGGUUUCUUCGGCGGCUUGGCCGCGCUAGGCUUCUUUUACCAGCUGUUCUUUAUGCCCGAGACCAAAGACAAAACAUUGGAGGAGAUCGACGAGUUGUUUCUAAUGCCGACAAGUAAGCUGGUUGCGCUGAACACAAGCAAUCUGCUUAAGCCCUUCCGGCGGCGAUACCGGCCAGAGCAGGUCGACAACUAUAACCCCUAAAUAGUUG